CAUGUCUCUACUGCACAUAUCCAAGAUUCAGCUAGUAUACGUGCACAUCUGAAGAUCACUAACAGAAAAUUGGAUUAUCCAUGACAAUGAAACACCUUAUGGAUGCUUAUUUCCAUACAGCUCAGCCAUCUCAGCCUGUAUCCAAACCAAGUUACAAUAGAAAGUGAUAAGGAGAAGAUCUUGACAUGUGGAGUCAAAAAAUACCUUCCACGUUCACUUGACAUCAAGUGGAUUAAGAUUGUAAAGGAUAGUCAGGUUACUACUGUGAGAGGAGAAGAUACCUGUAUAGAGGCCUCUGUCAAAAGUGAUGACGGCCCAUUUAAUAUCAACAGCAAGUUAAGGGUGCAACCAUCUUUGCAAGACAAUGGAAAUGUUUAUAGAUGUGUUGCAAACCACAGAUCAUUGACUGACAGCAUACUUCUGGACGCUACCUUGACCGUCACAGCUCCCAAGUUGGAUAUCAGAACUUCAGUUGGCUCUCUCAUUGUAUCAAUAGUGACCUGUCUUUUGGUUGAACCGAUUGCUUUCCUGUACAUUAAGCAUUAUAAACCACCCCCAGCAGCAUUGGAUUCAAUACAGCGUUCUACAGACGAGCCAACUGCUGAGGAAUCCCUGACUUUAACCUGCAGAGCCCAUUCUUUCUUUCCUGAAAGAAUUGAGCUUUGCUGGUAUAAAGAUGGAGAGCAACUCUCAGAAGGAUCCUUCACGAGUUUUGUGACGAAGGGUUCAGAUGGUCCUUUCUUCUGCAACAGUGUAUUAGAAGUCAUUCCCUGAACAGAAGAUUUCGGGAAAAGAUUUGUGUGCAAAGCUAAACUCAAAGGAUUGCACCACUAUAAAGACUCUGCUUGGCAGCUUGAAAAUAUGAGUAAGUUAAAAACUUUAUUACAUUUCUAUUAGUAGCAUGAAAUCUCUGUGCCUGUAACCGAGAUGCCCUUCUUUGAACAAAGGUAAAUUGCCAUCACUUUGUCACUUCAUAAUACUCAGGGGUUCAUCAUGUAUGCGCAGAGACAAUCCAAGGCAAAAGUCAAAGGCACUACUAAAGUCAUGGAGACUUGUAGAGUGAAGAAGUUCUUGUUGCUGAAGCUUUACCUAUGAGUAAAUUUCACCUUAAUGCUGUGGCUAUGUUAGGAGGACAGGCGUAAUUUUCAGUAUUUUAACUAGCACAGUUAAAAUUGAGGGUAUACAAGGCAGUUUUGGCAUUUGGGUGCCCUG